ACAAAGGCAUCGCAAGGCUCCAUCGGACAGCCUGUCAUCAACAAGCCCGACUCCGCUUGAUUGCAGCGGUGGUUUCCGCUGCCCACAUUUCAUUUUAAACUCGAAUCAAAAGGGAGAGUUUCCCUUCUUUACGUCGAACCGCACUAAACUGGAGGAAAAAGUGGGACAAUGUCAUCUGCUUACAAAGGUGGCGAGGAAGACUGGCUGACCGUGUGUCUCAAGUACCUGCUGUUUGUCUUCAACUCGCUCUUUUGGGUGGGAGGUGCCGGCGUCCUGGGCGUGGGCGUGUGGACGCUGGUGGAGAAGAGCGAGUUCCUGAGCCUGCUGGCGUCCAGCACCUUCGCCGUCGCCGCCUACAUCCUCAUCCUGGCAGGUGGCCUGGUGGUGGUCACAGGCUUCCUGGGCUGCUGCGCCGUCAUCCGCGAGCAGAGGAGCUGCCUCUCCAUAUAUUUCUUCUGCCUGCUGUUGAUUUUCCUCAUUGAGCUCGUGGCUGGAGUUCUGGCUUACGUUUAUUACCAGAGGCUGAGCGAGGAGCUGAAGGAGCAUCUCAAGCAGACCAUGACGGACAACUAUGCCCAACCGGGGAAGGAGGCCAUCACGUUAGCGGUGGACAAACUACAACAGGACUUCAAGUGCUGCGGCAGCGACAGCUACCAAGACUGGACGACCAGCGUGUACAUCGCGUCCACGCGCGCCGACGGCCGACUGGUGCCCGACAGCUGCUGCAAGUCGGUCACGCCGGAUUGCGGAGUCCGCGACCACCCGUCCAACAUCUACAAGGUGGAGGGAGGCUGCAUCACCAAGCUGGAGCAGUUCCUGGCCGACCACCUGUUGGUCAUCGGGGCCGUGGGCAUCGGGGUGGCCUGUCUGCAGCUGGCCGGAGCAAUCUUGACCGCCUACUUUAUCUAUCUUCUCUAUAAAGAAGAGGAGGAGGACUUGGCUACCUUGUGAUUGUCGUUAGCGCCGCACUUUUCGCUCCCGUGUUCUUUGUGCAGAUCUGUGGGAUGGUGCUCACCUGCUGCUUGUACAGGAGGAUCAAGAUGGAGCCUUACUGAUGUCACCAAGCUCCUCCUUCUUCUUCUUCUUCUUUGUUUUUUUUAAAUUUCUUGUCUGGUCCCUCGUGUCCUUUCGUUUGUGCUGAACAGUGGAGGCCUCGGGGAGCCCGUCUUGCCUUUAAGCUUUACUACGAGACCGACUUAAGGGGCUGUAUUCAAGCGCCUCAGUGGUGAUCCGUCUUGUCUGCCAGCGUUUGUGUUUGUGCUCGUGAAUUAUGAGUGUGCCUGAAAUAUACCAAAAAGUGAAUUCUUAAAGUUGUGCCUGAUAACAUAACCAAACGGUUUGCUUUGAAUGUGAUGGAGCACGCAUAUCUGGAAGACACCAGAGUAGCCUUAAUGCCUUGAAUUCCAAGUAUUUUACUCUCUCUGGCCACGUUAGGUACACUUUUGUAUUAAAAAGUAGCCACAGUAUGAGAAGCAUCUCCAGCUGUAUUGCAGUACAAACGACACCCAUUAAUCCAUCUGACAAUGUCAAUCAAAAUGGAUUCUUGUCACUCUGUGUCACUGCUGUCCAUUUUUAUGCCGGUGUACCUAAUGAGGAGUCGAGUGAGUUUCCAGGCCGUUUUUUUUUUUUUUUAAGGUGAGCUUCAAGUGUUUAAAACGAAACAUGACAGGUGCUAACGAAUGGGAUUCACUUGCUCCAAAUAUCCUCUGUACUAUUCCAGAAAUAUUAAAAACGAAGUGAACGUCACUGCAGAACCAAAA